CCACACAAAAUUAUCAGUCCAUAUCUUUUUUAUUUAAUGAAAAACUUUUAGAAAUAUAUACUAAAUAUAUUGUUUAUUUUCAAUUAAUAGAAUGCAGUAAAUUCUUUUAUUGAGAAGAAAUAAACAACGAGGAAACAUGAUGACAAAACUGGAAAUAGUGAUGUUUUUGGUGGGCGUUUCCGCUAUUAAUUUAUCCGCUAUCGAUGUAUCUGGAAAUCCAUUUCUGAGAAAUGCCAGAAUAAAAUUAUUGCCAGGUGUGAAUGUCCAGGAAUCUGAGGCAAAUAUUUUAACUCCCAGAAUUACCAACAACGUGAAAGAUGAUGACUUAAAUACAGAAAAUCUGGGUGGAUACAGGCCACUUUUUCCACCGUACUUUCCCCUAAAUAAUCCAUUUCCCAGUAACAAAGUGUAUUUCGAUCAAGAAUAUUACACUCGAGGAACUGAUGAGCUUAAUUUCCCCAGCAACGCAAAUCUAGAUCGAGAUAAUUUUGCACGUUCUCAGCCUGUUGAGAAUUUGCAACCAAUCCCUGUGCAACAAAAUUUUCCUUCUAUUGGUACCACAAAUAAUAAUGAUAAUAACAAUAAUAAUAAUAUAAGAACCUUCCAAAAAACUAGUUCUUCUGUCACCAAUGUUCGGACCUUAGAUCCUUCCACAAAAAAUGUUGAUUUACUGCCUAUUUUUAAAAGUUGGUCAUCUGAUUUUAAAUUCAAAGGCGAUCAUGAAGUAUCUUUUAUAACGUAUCAAUAACUUUUUUAUUUUCAUUGUAUUAUUAUAAGAUAGUGAAAAAUUAACAGAGACAAAAUUAGGGUAUCGGUCAUUUUUUCGGUUCAAUUUAAAUUUGGCUUCCUUUAGAAACGGAAUUCCAAUGGAACCCUUUUUAAGGGUUUUUUGGUCGUUCAUUGAUAGCCGAUAGAUGGCGACAUAUAAAAACAUAUCUACAGUCGGUAAACAUUUUUAACAUGACCUUAAAAACUGUCUUAUCUCGUUUAUAUUAUUUUUCUUUCGAUGAUGAAUAAUCUUUCUAAUUUUAGUUUAUAAAAUUUCGAAAGUGAGUCGAGGAAAAAAAAAGAUAUGUACUCAUAUCAAGGGUUUCUUUGGAACAAUUUAUGACUUUGGGUUCCUUUUCAGCAAGAAAAGUUCCUUUUUUUCCAGCGCCCUUUGAACCGAAACUUGUUUCUAAUAGAAACCCCAGUUUUUCUG